AUGACGUCGUCUACACGCGUUGGUACGGGGGGGGGGGGAUUUCUGGAAGUGUCGGCUGUUGCGGCGGCAGUCGACAAGGGAGCAACCGAGGAGGGGAGUCGGUCGAAAGGCUCGCAGGAAAUCAAGUAUAACGGACUUAAUUCCCAAACGAUCGACAAGAAGAGGAGGGGCAACAAAAGAGAAGAGCGGACCAAGCUCCCAGGGAAAAGGUGGUAAAACUAAAGGGAAGGGACAUCAGAUUCGAUGAGAACGUCUUCCCCGCUCGAGAUGCCCCGACUGGCCAACCGAAGCCUCGCGCGACGUCCACUGCUGGCGACUGGACCUUCGUUGACGCUGCACAUGGCUCCCGCACUGUCCCACGUCUGUCACUCCCGCCCGUCGUGCACGAAAACCGAUUUGCCGCACUUGAGACCGACGCGAGCGACGACGCAACAAUCGAAAUGUCCGAUGAUGGUUUUGAUACCCCGUCCGACAUGUCCAUGGCUCAGUUCUCGCUGUCACCUCCUGCGUCAGACGUGACCGAUGACUCGGCCGACCCCAUCGACUUCCUGUCAUGCCCGUCUCGCGCCGCUGCCUUUGCCGCCACCACUGCAGAUUCACCGGUCGUCGAACUCGAAGGGCCAACCGAGGACCCCCAAUGUCAGGCAAACAGCGAUACACUGACAGCAACACUCGAAGGAAGUCCCUGA